AAAAUUCACUCUCUCUCUCACACACACCCUCCUCUUAUAAAUCUAAGCUUUUAUGAUUUUCCAUCCAACCAAACAAAAGUUGUACACUUGUUGCAGAGCCAUAUAAACCUCUGCCUCUGUUUUUUUUCCCUUCUCUCACUCUCUCUGUCUCCUCAUCUUCUUUUCUCUGAUUUCAAAUGGGGUUUCUGAUGUUAAUCUAUGCAUUCUUGGUCUUUCACUUCCUGUUCAUGAUCUGGAAGUGGGUUGAUAGAAAAAGAGACCAAGAAUGUUACAUAUUGGACUACGAAUGCUAUAAACCAAGUGAUGAUAGAAUGGUCGAUACAGAGUUCUCUGGAGACGUUAUAAAGAGGAACAAAGCUCUGGGUCUCAUUGAGUACAAGUUCCUCUUGAAAGCCAUUGUGAGUUCUGGUAUUGGAGAGCAAACCUACGCACCAAGAAUCAUGUUCGAUGGCAGAGAAGAAAACCCAACUCUUCAAGAUGGGAUUAUCGAGAUGGAGGAAUUCUUCCAAGAUAGCAUUCAAAAGCUUCUGACCAGGUCAGGCAUUUCUGCUCAAGAAAUCGAUGUUCUUGUCGUUAAUGUGUCAAUGCUAUCAGCAGUUCCUUCUUUAUCUGCCAUGAUCGUGAAUCACUACAAGAUGAGAGACGACAUCAAGGUGUUUAAUCUCACCGGAAUGGGUUGUAGUGCGAGUUUGAUUUCUGUCAAUAUUGUUCAAAGCAUUUUCAAAUCUUACAAGAACAAGUACGCACUUGUUGUGACUUCAGAGUCUUUAAGUCCAAAUUGGUAUUCAGGGAACGACAGAUCAAUGAUUCUUUCAAAUUGUCUGUUUCGGACUGGUGGGUGUGCAGUUCUUUUGACAAACAAUCGAGCUCUGAACCACAAACCCAUGUUGAAGCUCAAGUGUCUGGUCAGAACCCACCACGGAGCCAAAGAUGAUUCUUACAACUGUUGCAUUCAAACAGAGGAUGAACAAGGAAGACAAGGGUUUCAUCUCGGCAAGUCCCUCCCCAAAUCCGCAACGCGAGCCCUCGUCGACAAUCUGAGAGUCAUAGCUCCCAAAAUCCUGCCAAUCUCGGAGCUGAUUCGGUUCAUGGUGGUCUCACUUGUUCGAAAAUUGAGCACCAUUAGCUCAUCAACCAAAGGAGGGUCUAAUUCUCCUAGGCCAGUGAUUAAUUUCAGAACUGGCGUUGACCACUUCUGUCUUCACACUGGCGGCAAGGCAGUGAUCGAUGGACUUGGUAUGAGUCUUGAAUUAUGCGAGUAUGAUUUAGAGCCAGCAAGAAUGACUCUGCAUCGAUUCGGGAACACAUCGGCUAGCAGUCUGUGGUAUGUUUUGGGGUACAUGGAGGCGAAGAAGAGGAUGAAGAAGGGAGAUAGAGUGUUGAUGAUAAGCUUUGGUGCAGGGUUUAAAUGCAACAGCUGUUUGUGGGAGGUGGUGAGAGACGACAUGGGUGAUGGACCAAAUGUGUGGAAAGACAGCAUUGAUUGCUACCCACCAAAGACACUGGCUAACCCAUUCAUGCAGAAGUAUGGCUGGAUUAAUGACGAAGACCCUUCAACAUUCGUCAUGCGUUAAAUAAAAUUCAAAAAAAUAAACUGUGGAGUUGUUUUUUUUUUCCCUCGCUUUCUAAGAAGGUAUUUUCUGUACACUAUUAUUCUCUUGUUCUUUCUUGGUAUUAUUGUUUCAAAAAUGUUAGGGAUCCCAAUAUAUGAGAUUUCAGUCAUCCCAGUAAUCAAUCUUGGUCAUUGAUUGAUGUAAGCGUAGGGGUCCACAAAACCUGAUGCAUAUCAAUCAAGGGACAUAAUUAAUUACUGGGAUGAUUGAGAUUCCAUUUACUGGAAUCCCUAUCACUUCUGUUAUUGUUUAGUCCCUUUGUGGAUUUCAUAGCCCAAUAAGGUGAGAACGUAUUGGAAGUCUAGAUGUAUUUUUUUUUAACAAAUUCCGUCUCUUUUUUUUUAAAUUAAUUUUUUUUUGGGGUUUACAGAUUUGAUAUUGGUAUUGUUAAUUCUUGAAGGAGGUAUAAAGAAUUCUAGUUGUUUGAUAAAAUUUCCUUUCUUUUGCUGCGUUUAAAAAAAAAGAAAGAAAGGAGAUGACUUGGCAUCACAUAACUCAUGAGAUGAAAAUGUUAAGACUUGUGAAAUUCAAGGAGAAUUGUAGAGUCCGGAAUCGCGAUUUUAGUGUUUUAC